AUGCAGGCCAUCCGCGCCGUGGAGACGGAGGUCCCAGAGGGCUCCCCGCGGUCGCAGCUGUUGAUCGCUUACCACACCAUUGCCAUCCACCUGCUGUUUCCCGCGGCCGGCACGAUAGUCUCGUUGCCGGAGAUCGACACCUUCUGGCAGUCCGCCUCUGCCAUUCUCGCCCUGCAGCCCCCGCCUGGAGCCGCGCCCUGGCGCACCUCUACCACCAACACUCCUCCGCGGGGGGACGGUGGCGACCCCCUGCGUUUGGCUGACUACGCGCAGCAACUUCGCCAGGUUUGCCACGUGGUGGAGGGACCGGGGGCGGUGCUGCGACCAGUCAAGAAGCGACUAAAGGGCGUGCAACUGGCGGACCAGCAGAUCGGGUCACCACCGUCACUGCCAUCGCUGCCAUCGCUGUCGCUGGACUGGACGUCGCCGGGCGAGGGGGAUCUCUGGCCAUCGGGAUUGGAGGUGAUGGAUCUGGGAUUCUUUGGAGAGGACGACUCGCGAGACGAGGCGAUCCUGGGAUUUCCGGGACUGGAGAUGGGGAAAUACGGGAUGAAUGCGAACCUGGAUAUGUAUUGA